GCUGGCCCCUGGGGGCCCAAUCCUAAUGCUUUCUCUGUGCUGUGCGUCCUGGGGUGCCCUGGAGGACUGGGGACUUAAGUGGCGUGCAGAGCGUUUAAUGGUGUCCGUAAAGAUCGAACAAGCGAGUGACUUCCGGGUCUGAGGAGAGUUGAAGAUGAAGGAAGAUUGCUCGCCCAGUUCUCAUGUGCCCAUCAGCGACAGCAAGUUCAUUCUAAAGUCAGAGCUCUUAAGCCUGCUUAAAACCUACAACUGCUACCACGAGGGCAGGAGCUUCCAGCUAAGACACCGAGAGGAAGAAGGGACUCUGAUCAUCGAAGGACUCCUCAACAUCGCCUGGGGACUUAGACGGCCCAUCCGGCUCCAGAUGCAGGAUGAUCGGGAACGAGUGCACCUGCCUUCUGCCACAUGGGUGCCUGAGCGGCUCAGUUACCUCCAAAAGGACGCUUCACCCCAGGACAGCAAGGUCCCUGCUGAGGAGCCUAGCACUCAACCUGCAAAUAAGGGAGAGGUUUCCAGAGAUGGCUCAGGACCCCUGCAGGAAGAAGAGGAGGAGGUCCCGCAGCUUAUGCGGACAAAGAGUGAUGCCAGCUGUAUAAUCCAGAGGAGGUGCAAAUCCCGGGCACCGGGCGAGGCCCAGAAGAUUCGACGGCACCGGUUCUCCAUCAAUGGGCACUUUUAUAACCACAAGACCUCGGUGUUCACGCCUGCCUAUGGGUCUGUGACCAACGUCCGGGUUAACAGCACUAUGACCACCCAGCAGGUACUCACCCUGCUGCUAAACAAGUUCCGGGUAGAAGAUGGCCCCAGUGAGUUCGCACUCUACACCGUCCAUGAGUCUGGGGAGCAGACAAAAUUGAAAGAUUGUGAGUACCCACUGAUAUCCAGAAUCCUGCAUGGGCCCUGUGAGAAAAUUGUCAAGAUCUUCUUGAUGGAAGCUGACUUGAGUGAGGAAGUGCCCCAUGAUGUUGCCCAGUACAUUAAGUUCGAAAUGCCAGUUCUGGACAGCUUUGUUGAAAAAUUAAAAGAAGAGGAGGAGAGAGAAAUAAUCAAACUGACCAUGAAGUUCCAAGCUUUGCGCCUGACAAUGCAGCAGCGUCUGGAACAGCUGGUGGAGGCCAAGUAACUAGCCAGAGCUUGCCUUUUGUGAUUCCCGUGGUAGCAAGUACACAUGGAAUCUCAGGGACCCAGCCCUAACUGAUCACUGACCGAUGCCUGCUGCCUAAGGAAUCCAGUACCUAUGCGUAUUCCACCUGUCCACAGAUUACCUAGCACCCUGUGUCUCUAGUCUUGGUACCAUAGGGAGCACGUAAGGCACACCCAGGAACUUGCUAGUCAGGAUCUAUGUGCAAAGCUGGCCUAGAUGGUAAUAAAGAGCCUUGGAACUGCGGUGCCGGCCACACUGUAUGGUUGAAUAGUAUGGUCAGCCUUGUUCCUGUGUAUUUCCAGUCUGAGAGAGCAAUAUAGCACCCAGCCCCUGGAGAAUGGGCUUCAUCUGCUUGCCCAGUGUCUGUCUCUGAGCCUCUGCAUGGCCACAAGUCCCUGCCCUUAUCAUCCAUGUGAACCAUGAACCCCUGGUCUUCCCUUGUUUCUUAUUGCCACUCAGGAACUGAACUGGGGCAGGAGCUGCCAACAGCCAUGAGACGUGGCUUGCUUCUAUCUACUGCUUCACCAUGAUGUCCUGGCCUCUGAGCCUCCUUUCCUAGCCAACAUUCCUGGCCCAGAGGUUAGAUCAGGACUAGGACUAUCAAUAUCUCAUCAGUUUUUGGCAUAAAUCACCCUUAGCUUGUGAGUGUGAUCCAAAGAAAUUCUUGAAAGGAGUUGUCUUCAAGAAAUAUGUCCAUCAAAUUGUUUUGGGAGUUGACUCGUGUAGCACUGGAACAGCUGGGCAGUGGCUUCAGAAGGUUCAGUCCCCUUUACUCCAUCUUGUGGAUGUCUAUAUGUCUCUUGCUUUCCUUGGCACUGAGCUUCUUUCUCUGUAGUGGAUAGGGACAGCUCUCAAUACAUCCUAUGAAAGCUCGACAAAAAAUGGAAAAAAUGUCUGUUUGAGGACAAAAGGCUUCUAAUCCCCUAGAAAUGGAUACAGAACAAUUUGCUGACUGAAAUCUCUGGCAUGAAUGAGAAAACUUCAUUUGUAAAACUAUGCAAUGGUUUACAUCAAUUGUGGAAAUGGCUGUCUAACAGCAAACUAAAGGCCAGCUUCCUCCCCUGAGGUCCAAGGCCAGUAGAUUUAAAGAGAAGUGUGAUGGAAGCCUUUGGAGACAGAGUUCUAUCCUCAAUGCAGUGCAUGUGAAAGCCUCUCACAGAGUCCUGAAGAGCAAAAUGUGAGAACAGCUGUGCAGUGUGAAACCACGAAGCAGGGUGGAUGUCACCCCUAGGUUUUCUGGACCCAGCUCUGUUUCACCGAGAUGCUUAGCUGCCAAGGGAGGUUUCUUGCCUCCUCGAUUCUUUGGCACUGUAUUUUCUUCAGUGCUUAAUAAAGGUCUGUUGUGUUGAACAGAA